GGUCGGCUCAGCAAGAUUGUAUUUCUUGUAUACAAACAAGAUUCACGAUGUUGAGGCCAAAAUUAGUCCACGAAUUGGCGUGCUUGUUGUAAACAUUCUCUAGUACGAGUUGAAAUCUAUACUUCACCGGUUUCUUUCUAAUUUUUGUUUUCGUCGUGCUGCGAACCGAGUGUACACAAUAUUUCGCGUACUAUUUAGUAUGUUUCUAUUGUAGCUAUUUAUUUACGCAUAAUUGACACUAUAUAAUCGUUGUUUUCUUGAUUGAUAAGAAUUAUUGAAUAAUUCGCGAAAGUGAGCGUUGUUUUCUUCUUGAUGAUCGAGAUUAAUUUGAGAUUUUUAUCGUAAUUUUGGUGCGAAUUUCGCGGCGCUGAAAGUUCAGUUUAAUGACAAUGGUGAACGCAACGAAUAUCGCUCAUAAGGAACCCAGCAUGGCGUUGACACCGAGCAGAAAAUCUUCAAGUUUUUAUAUCAGUUCGCUGUUAACUUCCACACAUUCGAGUAAUUCGAUUUCAUCGAAGAUCUCCGAACAGAGUUCUUCUUCGCCUCCGCCAACCCAGAGUAAUUCGGAGAUCGCCUCCAAGACCCCGGAGUAUGCGAUGAUUUCCACGUAUACGUUACCCGAACAAGCUAAAGAAAUUGAUGACAAAGACGAACACGCUGUAGAAGACGAAUCCGACGAAAUGGAAGAAGACUACUCGGACGACAGCGAGAACUGCCUAGAAUACCGAUGCAGCGACGACGACGAAGAUUUAGACGUAACCGGAGACUCGAACGCUUCUUCACCUCUGGACUGUUCCAGAACAGCGGCCAUCACUUCGUCAAAUCCGACCUCAGACACAUCCUGCCAACAAGUCGACGCAUCCAGCGACGGAGCCAAAAGCACAGACGAGAAAAGCAUCGCUGAUAAAGACGCCAGCAGCAACGACAGCAAAAAAGACGACGCUACCGACGAGAAAAAGAAACACGAAAAGCCACCUUUCAGUUACAACGCUCUGAUCAUGAUGGCCAUCAAGAACAGUCCUCACAGACGUCUGACUCUGAACGGGAUCUACGAGUACAUCAUGAAGAACUAUCCGUACUAUCGUGAAAACAAACAAGGCUGGCAGAACUCCAUACGUCAUAAUUUAUCGCUGAAUAAAUGCUUCGUCAAGGUAGCUCGCCACUACAACGACCCGGGUAAAGGUAAUUACUGGAUGUUGGAUGCCAGCAGCGAAGACGUCUUCAUCGGCGGAUCCACCGGUAAAUUACGUCGCCGAUCCACAGCAGUAUCCAGAAACAGACGCCUAGCAGUCUACCGAUCGACCCAAGCAGCAGCCGCAGUAGCUGCUUAUCAAAGAGCCCUUGUUGCCAAUAACCCGCAUCCUCAUCAUACGUGGCCCGUGCUGCCUGCUUUGAACGAUCCUCAUCACACCCUGUACCAUCAUCCGUUCAACACGGCUGCUCCUUCGGUCUACCAUACAGCCGCAGCUCAUAUGGCCGCCGUUGCCGCAGCUACCGCCGCCAUGUUACCGAAUGGUAACGCCGCAGCCGUCCUGUCGCCAAAUCUGCCCGCCGAUCCGGCUCUCACGACUCCCACCAUAAAUGGCUUCUCCAUCGAUCGCAUCUUGGCCACGAGUCCAGAUAGUUAUGCCAGAAGUCAGGCCGCAGCAGCAGCCAUGUACCCGCCGUAUUUAUACAAUGCCAUCAGGCAGCAGCAACAGCAACAGUAUCAGCAGCAGAGAUUACCCGGUUUGGAGACCACUUCGCCGGCAGCUCAUCGAACCAAAGCUUCGAUAUUUUCACCAUACGAUAACGAACCGUCUCAUCAGCAAAGAUUACAGCAGCCUAUUCUCAAACCUAUUACCGUACUUUCCAACGACUCGAAAUCCGAACUGUAGUCCCAAAUUUGUCGCUUUACUCUAUAACUACAGGGUGUGCAAGAAAAUUGGCGAACAUUCUACGAGGUAUGAUUAUCAAUUAUCACAAACAUCAAAAAUUAAUUUUUUAUUAAAAAAUUAAGAAUAAUUUAUUUUCAAAGUUCUAAAAAAUAUAUCUUAGAUCGAAAUAAAUUUAAAAAAAUGAUCAAUUUUGAUCAUUCGAUAAAAAUUUGGAAUUUCAAAAUUUGGAAUUUCACCCCAUAUCUCGAUAUUCGCCGGUUCAAUUGCCCACCCUCAAGUAUUUCGUAUCUUUGAUGUUUCGAAAACUCAAGAUACACUUUUUCGUGAGUAGUUACCAUUAUCGUAUAAUUUUGUUUUUGUUGUCUAAUUAUUGUUUGUUGGUAUAUUUUUUUCUUCGCUUCAUCAUCAUCAGUAAUCAGUAGCCAAUCGACUCGAAUGUGCAGGCUGCUCGAUGAACGUUAUUACAUUAAAAAAAAGUACGAGACCGAGUCUGAGCGGCCAUUUUUAUCGAUUUUCGACUAUUACCUACCUAUUCUCGAGUUAAACGACCAACAAUGAAUGAAAAUUUCAAAAAGAAAAAAUUAAAUAUCCCCUCCAGCUCUGUAGAGUUGCGCACCCUUUCCAAAGGGAUGUUUUAGAGCAACGUUUCAAUUAGAUAGGUAUAGUGUAUACUUUAUUGUAUCGCCGCGAAAUAAGAUUCGAAAAAAAAAAUCGAGCUGUAUUGUACUCGUAUUAUGGUACCCCCAAAAAAGAAACAUACUUUGUGUACAGUACGUGUAAACGAGGCGGUUCUCCAUAUUUAUUCUGUAGGGAGUUUUCAAUGUACCUAAACAAUCAAAUAUAGAGGGGGAUGUGUUUUAAAACGGUGAAAUAUGUAUCGUAUAUAUAUAGCAAAUGGUCCACACACGAGUCGUAAAUAAUAAAAUAUUGGUCGAGUUAGAGUUUUUUUUAUGUAUUUUUAAUUUUUUUUUUCUUUUUUGAAUACUCGUGUAAGUUUAUCUAUAUACUCAAUAAUAUAGAUAUUUUUUGCGCUGCGUAUUCGUUAAAACCAAAAAAUUCAGUAGCCCUGAAAUAAGUAACUUAACACUUAAAUUCGUCGAUUUUUAUUUUAUAUAUUAAUUAAUGAUUAAUUCAUUACGGCCAUGUUCAGUUCCUUGUUUUUUUUUUCUUUUUUUCCAAUUAUUUAUGUUAUUGUGUAAGUUUAUUAUAUCUGUAUUACUUACGGAUUUUUCUCCUCUUUUUUUUGUGUUUUUUUUUCUUUUCGUUUGUAUUCAUUGUUUUUUCUUUUUGUAUCGAAAAUAUCGAAGUGAUGUUUGCAAUAUUUCCAGUUGUUGUUUAGUUCGAAGAGUGUGGGCUGAUUUUUUUUUUUUUUUGUAAAACUUUCUUAUAUACGAACGAGUGUCGUUGCUGCGAUGAAAUUUUUAGUAUUUGUUUGUACAUAACUUUAGUCAUUUAUUUAUAUAGAUCGCUUUAUGUCGAGUUUACAAGUGUAAAUGCCGCGAAAACGUGAUAAUAAAAGAUUUUCAAUUUUAA